AUGUCUGAAAUCGUUAGUGGCCAUAGAUCUCUUCCAAUGAAAGAUCCAGUAAAUAAAUCACUUCAGUUUCAGAUAUCUAACGUUACAACACAAAAUAAUAUCUGCUAUUCAAGCAUACAAUGUGGUAGUGCUUUAACUACAGAAAUUUACGUUUAUCGUCGACGCAUUCAAACAUUGUUACGAUUUUUUGAUUGUAUAUCAAAAAUUUGGUGGGAUCAUUUAUAUCCGUUUAAUGGGGACUUUAUUAAACGUCCAAGUAGGACUGCUGAAGAAAUACAUCUCUAUCAGAAAUGUCUAACUACCCAUAUAGAUAAAUUUAAUAUGCGUAAAGUUGUGCCAGCCACAACAGCUAUUGCUAUGAUGGAAACGCAUGCUUCAAUCAAAAUUCUUCCAAGUAGUAUACUCGGCCUAAAUGAUGUUACUAAGAAUUUAGGUACAGCAAUGACAACUGAAAAUAAUACCACACUACUAUACAAAGCUUGUAAUUUAGCUCAGAGUUUAGCAGAUAUUGAAAAAUUGAAACAAAAGUUAAUUUUUAGUGCAUUAAAUUGGAUAAUGUGUGAUGGUAGAGAUUACAACUUAAGAAUUCAGCGUAUUGCUCUAUUGGAUCGUCAUUGUGAAUCAUGUUUAAUUGAAAAUUUCCCUGGUGUACGUGCCUUAUUAAUACAUUAUUAUAGACCACGUAUUUUAACAAAAGAUAUUGCUAACAAUACUGAUACUAGCUUCCCACCUUCACCUUUUUCUUCUGUGUCACUUAGUGAACCACUUACAGCAGUUAAACUGACUACGACAAAUGAUCAGAUAACAUCAGUAUUCUAUAACGCACGCUUACGUGCACAAAAUGAAAGCUCAGAAAAUAUAUUGGAUACUGACGCAACAGAUUUAAACAAGUCAUAUGAUUCAAUUAGCAAUUUCUUUUGGUCAAAUAUUUGCGAAAAAUCGAAUGCUAUGAAAAAUAAUGAUGUUGUUCAAAGCGAUAAGCUGUCAAGUAAUUUCCAGUUGAAUCCAUUCUCAUCAUGUAUAGAAACAAGUGGAUUAGAAUGGCUAAGUUAUGAUACCCAUCAAAAGGAUUUCAAUUUAUACUUAUUGAAUAAGAAAGAGCUGAACGAAAAAGAAAAGAUAACUGAUCUCAACAAGACAGUAAAAUAUAAUGAACAAGAACCCUUGGAAAAUAAACAACCAUAUAUAAACUCUACUAAACUUAAACUGAAAUCAGCUGAUGACCCUGAGAGCAAAUCACCUCUGCCGUAUACAUUAGCUUCAUCUUACACAUCAAUUACCAGAAGUUCAGAUUCAGUUACUUCUAGUUCUACGAAAUGUGAUAAUGAAUCCUCCUAUUUGUCUGUGAAUAUAAAUUAUCGAGAUUUGUUGACAUCCCCUAAUGCUGUUACAACGGAAAGACAACAUCUGCUAGGACAGCAACAUCAAGAAAAACAAUCACCAGGAUCUUCACAAAUAAAUGAUUAUUUCAAGGACAAUUUUUAUUCAACAAUUGAAGAUCCGUCAAAGAAAUAUGAGGAAUCAGCAGCAUAUGGACUUGGUUGCUGUGGUAGUCUAACUGGUGUAUCGCUAGGAUCUAAGGGACUAAGCAAGGUUUCUAAUCUGCUUUCAUUAAAUAAACCAAUCAAUGCAUACGGCGAAGAGUGUACCACUACAGCUGAUUCAAUGGGUAGCUCCUGUAGAACAACAUCACUAUCCUCAAAUAAUUUAACUGAACAGACAUGUAAAGGUGAAGGACAAACGGUUACAUCAAACUGGUUAAAUAAUGAAGAAAAUAAGUUUAUUACUGUGGAAGAGAAGAAACAUUCAUUGGAAGUGCAGGUUAAAAAUAAGAACAAGACUGGAAUGAAGCAAACUGCAAGUGAAUCUCGGAUAAAAGCUUAUCCAUAUCGAUGA